UCAUUUCCUCCGUUGCGAAGGGGGUGCCCUGACCCACCCCCUGGCGCGGGUGCCAAUCAAAGGGCUCUGCGCGUUGAUGGACUGGACAGCCCGGCCGUGAGCCUGGCCGCUGUCACCACGGGACCCUGUGAUUGGUUUCCUAGGGAAGGCGCGGAACCAAUGGGGGUCAUGACUCGCGAGAGGUGGUGAGCGCGGGAAAGCGCCCCUUAUUAACCGUGGCGGGAGAGUCCUUUUCGUGUCCUUGUCCAGCGAGAUACCCUUGGCUGGGAAGUCAGUGUGUUUUCCUCGUCUCUUCGCGGUCUAACAUGGUGCGGACUAAAGCAGACAGUGUCCCGGGCACAUACAGGAAAGUGGUGGCCUCUCGAGCUCCCAGGAAGGUGCUGGGUUCCUCCACCUGUGCCAAUAAUUCCUCCUCGUUUUCGUCAUUGAAGAAAGCUGAAAAUAAGUAUUCAGGAGGGAAUCCAGUUUGUGUACGUCCAACUCCCAAGUGGCAAAAAGGAAUUGGAGAAUUCUUCAGGCUUUCCUCUAAAGAUUCUGAAAAAGAGAAUCGAAUUCCUGAAGAUCCAGGAAGUAGUGGCUUAGGAAAAACAAAGAAAAAGUAAGUGUUUAUAUCCUCCCCAAAAUAAAAGGCAAAUAAGAUAUUACAUAACUUUUUAAACUUGCUCUUUAAACCAGUAAGUACAUAAAAACUAGCUUGGCACAAUGGCACACACCUGUAAUCGCAGCUGCUCUAAAGGCUGAAGUAGGAGGAUCACAAGUUUGGGACCAGUCUGUGUAUUGUAGCAGGACCCUGACUAAAAUAAGAUAUAAAAAGGGCUGGAGAUGU